UGACCCGGCCUCCAUCGUCCAGCGUUUCACGAGCAGCAUCUCUCCAAAUCUCUCUGGCUGCCAAACUGAAGCAGGCUCUGCUGAUCCAGAAUGCCGCUUCUGUUCCGGGACGCCGCUUUGCUUCUGGUUCUGCUCGGCUGCUGCCCAGCUUCUGCUGCAGACGACUGUGACCUGCCGCUGAAGGUGGAGAGACACGACCUGCACCAGCUGUCAGAUGUUCGUUGGGUUCUGGUGGAGGCCUUCACUGACUACCCUGCAGGCCAGAAUAUACUCAGGAGUGCCGGCAGCUCCACGGUGGAGAUGAAGCACAACGGCGACAACAGAACCUUCCUCAUCACUGAGGCUAUCAGAGCAAACGGAACAUGCAUUUUCUUCCGAUUCAACAUGUCGAUUCCCGACCCCGACACGUCCAACCACAGCUUACAUCUGGUCAGUGCAGGAGUGAAAGAGGUGGACGGCGAGGUGUCUCCCUAUGACGACCAGGGCCGGGCCCACAUGUACCAGUUCAUCCCAGGCAGCCUGGUCACCCUCUACAACCUUGUCUUCCAGGGAAGGCCGGCCAGAACACUGCUCAUGUACAGAAGGGAAGGGGAACACCAGGAUAUCGAUGAGCUAAAGGCUGCUUCAAGUGAACACAGGAGGAUAGCAGAGUGCCUAAAAUUCAACGUCCCAGCCGACUUCCUCUACGAUGGUAAAACAGAGACUUGCCCGGAUGAGAGGAAAGGCCAGACGGAUGACUGACACAACAAAAUGUCCUUUUUGAACAUAAACAAAUGUAUUUUAUGAUUAAGACAUUAAAAAACAUAUAUUGAACUAAAAAUAUUUGUUUGUUUUUUUGUAAUAAAAGUUUGUUUUUUAAAAAUAAGCUUUUUUUUCUUACAGUUGAGACAUUUACUUAAGGUUUCUCUCUGUCUCUUUUGCAAAUAAAACUCUUUAAGUGAACAAGCUUUUUCUCCUUCAAUAAAAAGUAGAUGAUGACUCUGAUUUAUUCCUUGUAAACAAAAAAAAUUAAUUCCAAAACAUACAAAAAGAGAAUGUGUGCAUCUAUAAGUCAUAUAUUUGCCACUAAAACACAGGCUGUGUUUAGGUUUUUUCAUUACUGUCAAAAUAUAAGGUAAUUUGAUUUUUUUUUAAAUUUGUUGAUGAUUUGACUGUUACGGUUUCAGUCACUUUGUGUUUUGUUCCUUGAUUUCCUGUUUUAUUUUGUAGUAUUUCCUGUUUUGUUGUUGUUUCGAGUUUUACCUUGCCCCAUCAGUCCUGAGUGUUUCCACCUGUGUCUUGUUGCCUUGUAUGUAUUUAAGUCCUGUCUUUCCCUUCCUCCUGUGCUGGUCCAUAUUGUAUUCUUCCCCGGUUUUUCGAGCUGAGUGCUUUGUCUCGAGAUUCUAGCCUGCCGUAUGCAGUGGUUUUGUUUUUGUCUUUAGUUUAUGUUAUUAAACCCUAUUCCCUGCCUC